UCUUGUUGUUUACUUUUAUUUUUAUUUAGAGUUUAUUGAUUAUAUAUUCUAAGUUGUCUAAGUUUGUCGCUAGAUGAAAUUAGCCAUUUGAUAGAUUUUCAAGAUUUAAGGGAUUAGUAUGAAAUUAUUGAAGAUUUAAGGGACUAAUAUCUAGAAGCCUUAAAUUUAAAAUGGCACUAUGUUUUUAUGCACGUGAACUAGUCUAUUAACUUAUCUCACAUAUACAUCAGUUACACUGUAUACAUUAUACACAGAAGCAGAAAACAUUGACACCGACCAUAAAGCCAAAAGACAAAGUGACAUCGUUGGACAAUGCAUACAUUAUACACAGAACAGAACAAAUCUCAGUCAGCUCUUUGAAGACUGCCUUCGUUCUCGCUCUUUAUGAUCUGAAUGAUGGAGGUGACAAAGAUUUCUCUGGGUGCUGGAAUUUGAUCUGAGGUAGCUCUUGAGCUUUGAUAUAAUGAUAUAUGGCCAUGAAGCCAACUGACAAACCACCACAAGAAGGUUUUCUGACCUUCAGAAAAAAACAUGUAAUCACAUCAGAGUUACUAGCACCAUGAAUUAGGCAUGCUUGGUUUCAAGUCAUCGUGUAUCUUAACUACGGUAACACAGUUAAUGCCACUAUUUUCAUUCAUGGUGCACUUGUAGUUUCAUUUGUGAAUUAGGCAUGCCUGGUUUCAAGUCAUCAUGUAUCUAAACGAUAGUGAAUGCCACUAUUUUCAUUCAUGGUGUAAUUAUAGUUUCAUUUGUAUCAUAUAUGAUUACAAAUUAAUUUAUCAUUUAUGAGACUAAUGUGCAACUGCCCCUGUUCGUAGUUGUUAAUGAAAUCGGGUUUAGUAAUGGAUAAAAUCUUGUUUAGAUUUGACCUGUUAUGCAACUUAUUUUGUGGCUAAAAUCAACCUCUGAACCCUAAAUUUGAUUCCCCUUUUUCUUAAUCCCAAGCGAUUUUGCAGGUUGAUCAAAUGCAUCCUCCUCUAACUUUACACAGGCAUCCCAUGUGUGCUGAUAUAAUUGAGGAGUUUCAAAAGUGUCAUACCGAUCAUCCAGUUGGGAAAUUCUUUGGAAAAUGUACUGAGCUCAAGAUAAAGCUCGACAAAUGCUUUCGCCAAGAAAAAGCGGUGAAGAGGAAGGCGAACUUUGAGGAGAGCAAGAAGUUUAAGGAGAGAUUGCAAGCUUACAGAAAAGAAAUGGCAGCACAAGGUUCCGAAUGAUGGAGUGUAAUUUUCAGUUUGUUAUUCUGUAUUGAUUAUUGAUAUUGAAUUAUGAAAUAGGGUUGGGUUUUUAUUGUAAUAUGUGGAAGUUAUGGUGGUGUUUGAGUUAAAUAAUAUUGUUGAGCAUAUAUCAGCCUAAAUACAGUUCGGCUCCUAGAAAAUUGUAUGAACUAGAAUUUUAUACAUAUUAUUUUGAAUUGAAUAAUAUUUCUUUGUGAGAA